GCUGCAGAUCUACAAGGGACAAACAAUGCUUGUGAGCUGAUGAACCGUGGUAUCCUGGCUCUGGUCAGCUCGAUUGGCUGCAUGUCAGCAGGUAGCCUUCAGACACUGGCUGAUGCCAUGCACAUACCCCAUCUCUAUAUCCAGCGCGCCCCAGUGGGAACACCCCGCUCGACAUGCUCACCCACCAGUCGUAUUCCUGGAGCCGACGACUACACCCUCAUGGUCCGCCCACCUGUGUUCCUCAACGAAGUCAUCAUGCAGGUGGUGUCUGAGUACAGCUGGCAGAAGUUUGUCCUGUUCUAUGAUUCUGAUUUUGUUACCAUUCAAGGCAAGGAGGUGGAGGUUGUAUUCAGCUACAGGUACCUGUGCGUGCAGCUGGAUAACGAGCUGGACUGA